AUGAUCUUUCCAAGGGAAGCCGAGUACCCACAGGGAUUAUGUGAGGCUUAUUCCGAAGGAGCGGCCGUGGAUCUUGGGCUGGACCACCACGUCCAAGCUGCCCACCUGGAAGCCCGUGGUGACGCCAUCCAUAAGGAGCUGGCCGCCUACCACCGCUGCGGUGACCCAGAGCUGCGGGACAAAAUGGCCAACCAAAUCCUGGCCAUUGAAAACAUGAUGACCCCCGGGCAGGAAGCAAAGCACCUUGCCUGGUUGCUGGCACAGGGUCAUUAUCGGGGAUCCGAUGUGAGGCUCUCCCUCGAGCACUGCGGGGCAAAGCAUCUGGUCCCGUAUCCUGCCAUGCGAUGGUUAUGGAGAGAGACUUUAUCCUUCAAGUGGAAGGCCGAGGCACAUAUCAAUGCGCUGGAAGCACAGGCGCUUCUGUCACAUGUGCGCCGAAUGCUACGAGAAGGCACCUUUCGCAGCUGCCGGGUGCUUAUCGUGAUUGAUAGCCAGGAGGUGAUGUCAUUGCAGUUUGCAGGUCUGAGGGAAUCUACGGUGCGAAGUUAUCGGCGAGCUCUACAAAAAUUCUUUAAUUGGGUAGAUGAGGAGGAUGAAACUUUUCCAACCACCUUCAGAGGUUUGGACAGGUUGCUGAGUCGCUACCUCGAACAUAUGUGGUUGGAUGACGAGCCCAUUACCUACGCUGGGCAUCUUUUGAGCGGCCUUCGUCGCUACCUACCCGAAUCGAGGUGGCGCACUCCCAGGGCCAAGCAAUACUUUUCAAACUGGCAGUCAGUGCAUGUGGCCCAUCAGGCUGCCCCCUUGCCCGCUGAAGCGGUGAUGGCCCUAGCGGGGUUGGUGGUGGCUACCGACCAACCACAACUGGCCACGGUUUUUCUCCUAGGCUAUCUGGCCUUUCUCCGAACGGGAGAAAUGGUAAACUUGUCCACUGCUAAAAUAGCAGUGGACUCUGAAAGAGGACGCACCUUGAUAGCGCUGCCAGGCACAAAAACUUCUCGCCGGCGAGAGGAGACUGUGUGCGUUUCUGAUGAUCGGGUGGUUUCACUUCCUUUUGGCAUAGUUCCGCCAGAAGUUUUCGGGUGCUUCGUACUGGAGAAUGUGGAAGGCAUCAAGUCUGAGAGCUUCCCCGGCGGUCGUGGCAUUGACGAAGUGCUGAGGCAAAAGGGCAGUCGCGGGAUUUUCUAUGUCUAUCAUCCGGCUGUCCCCGCAGCUGCCAGACGCCUGAGAGAAUCGGUUCCCACCUUCAAAAUUCGGAUUUACGACAUGAACUCGCAGGACGCCUGCGGGGUCAGCAUCCGGAUGGCUCAACCACCGGCGCAGUUCCCUCACAAGGACUACUCACUGCCCCAAAGCAGGGCACGAGUGUACAUUGUGGGGGUGCACAAAUCCUUGGAAGUGCGAGGGCGCUCCUUCUGCACGCCGUUUGGGGGCCUGGAAGCCAUGAGACACCUGGAUGGUUUCGGCCUGGCCCCUUGUGUCGCUUCCUUGUCGCGUCAGCGCCGCUGGGCCGCCGCCCUGGAGGUUUCGCACCAGGCGCGGCAGGCGAACGUGGGACACAACGUGUUUCUGGCCAGCGCCUGUCUCAAUGCAGCAGGUGGAAAGAGCUGGCAGCUGGCAAUUCAACUGUUGGAGGACGUUGUCACCUGGCGCCUGCGCCCGGAUGCGCACGUCUUCGCCUCCCUGAGCUCCUGCUGUGCCCAGGGAAAGCAGUGGAUCCAGGCGCAGGCGCUGCUGGUGCAGCAGCUCCGCCAGCUGCUGCAGCUGACCUCGGUGGCGCGGAACGUGCUGGCAGCCGUGGUGCGGUGGAGGGAGGCUAUGAGGCUGGUCGACUACGAGGAACCAAUGCCAGACCAGAUCUUGAGUCUCGUUUCCAGUCUGAGCACUUCCAACUGCUGGCGCCGCUGCCUUCCGCUGCCAAGCUCACGCGACUGCCGAAAUCGCGGCUCCAAGGAGCUGGCAGCGAUUAAUGCUAUCGCCAGCUGCUGUGUGCAGACUUCCCAGUGGCGAGAAGCAUUGCGCAUCAUUGUGGAGUGCCAAGGGGUCCAAAAAGUGGACACCAUUGGCCUCAACAUCGCCAUCUGUGCAGAUGGCUUCAACGUCUUGGGCUGGCAGAGGGCAACAGGAACUCUGCAGACAAUGUCUCUGCAGCGAACAGAUGCCAGCAUCGCGUCCUACAACACGCUGCUGGCGCAGCACGCUGCGGCAGAAGAAUGGCAGCAAGGGCUGCGGCUGCUGGCGACGAAGGAGGUUGAUGCUUUGUCAUUCAGCAGCAGCAUGUCAGCAUGUCAGAGAGCCCUGCAGUGGAGUAAGGUGCUCACGUUGCUACGCAGGAUGGCCAGCUGGGCCCAACAGUGUGACCUCGUCUGCCUGAACAGCGCCGUGGCGGCAGCGCCCUGGCGGAGCGCGGUGAUGAUGGGAAGUGCCGAGAGAAGGUUACCCUUAGACGAGAUCACUUAUAGUGAGACCUUGACUCUCUGCGCAUCUGCCAAGCAGUGGCUGGUGGCUGAAGUCUUGUUGGCACAGAUGCCGCUGGAAGCUUUCCCCGAGACCCUGCAAGCCGAUUGGUGGUGCUUCAUUCCAGUGCUGCAGUCCUUCGCUGGGAAGCCACUGUGGCUGAAGGCUCUGGCCCUGGCGCAGCACCUGAGUCCUUCGGUCCUGGUGCAGCUGUCUGUGGUGGACGCGGCGGAAGGAACCACGGGAGGUUUCCCGCCGCUACUGGACUCUUUGGCCUCCGCGACGUUGCGCCGUUUCCUUUUCGAAAAACGUAUCUUUGAUAUCCCGAGACAGCAAUUUCUGGAUGCUGACAUCAUCAAUCACGGACGUAGGAAGGCUGUCCAUAACCCUGACAGCACCUGGCAUACUCCGGUGGCCCGUGCCUUGUGCGCCAGUGGGGGAGGCUCUCGGGCCCUGAGCUACACCAUGGGCGUCUACCGGGGCCUCAAUGAGCUGAAUCUCAUCCCCAAACUGGAUGCGAUCAGCUCAGUUUCUGGUGGUACCUGGUGUUCCUCCAUCUUCAUGUUCGCCAAGAGCUACAAGGGCAACGACGUCACCACUGUGGACUUGGUGGGGGCCGACACCACCCCGGCACUCCUCACCAUGUCGGAGCUCUCCAAAGCACCGGGCGCCAUUGCCUCGGGCAUUGUCAUGGGCGAUUCGGACAAAAUCUUGGCCGAAUCGGGCAUCGAAUUCGUGGGCCGAGAGUACGAGGUUUGGCCUCAUGUGAUGUCGCGCUGGUUGCUGCGAAACUUUGAUGCGCUGAAAGAGAUGAAGUCCUACAUGGCCUUGGAUGAUGAGGCAGUGAGUCGCAUCAAGACUGCAAACCCUCAGCUGGAGAAGAAAACCUUCGUAACGCCGCGCUCAGACCGACCAAAUAUGUACAUCAUGUGCGGCACCGUUUUGUCACCGUUGAACUACUUGGCGAGCAACAGCAAUGCGGUGUCCUUUCAACAAAUGCCCGACUACAUCGGCAGCCCCUUCUAUCCCAAUGAUCAGCAAGUGAAGUAUCAGAAAGCCGCCUUCUGUGGAUGUGAUGAAAACCUCUACAAGUGUUGUAAAACAACGCGCACAGUUGGCGGAGGUUUCGUGGAAUCCUUCGCCUUCGGCGGCGAGGCGCCCAAAAAGCAAAGCGGCGGCGAGGGCAUCGCGGUGGGCGAACCGGAGGCGCCCUGGGCCUUGCCCUAUGCCGUGGGGACUAGUAGCUGGGCACCAGGAGGCAUGGAGAACGCCAGCCACAUUGCCGGAGACAUUGGCAACAUCCGCUCGAAGUAUUGGCCGGUGACCUCUCCGAUCUUGCCGAAACCGCAAGCCGCCACGACCUACGAACUAGGUGAUGGUGGUCUCAUUGACAACUCGGGGAUGAUGGCGCUGUUGCAACGGAAAGCCCCAAAGAUCGUCUGGGUGGCCAGUUGCUUCACCAGCUUCAGCACCAGCUACGACUGGGCCAAUGCUACGCCGGAGAACUUCAACCCCGCGAGCGCAGGGGUGGUCGAUCAGCUUUAUGUCUUGUUUGGGUACAACACAACUUCGGAAGGCUACUAUUAUGCCAAUGACCAAGUCUUCGACCAAAGCCUAUGUUUUGAGACCUGUAAAGAGCUGCACGACCUGCAACUGGCAGGAAAACCUGCAGUCUUGAAGAAGAAGUUCACCGUACUCCAGAACAACUGGUGGGGCAUCGUUGGCGGCUGGGAGGUGGAGUGGGUUGUUUUGUACUUAGCAAAGUCCACGAACUUCGAAAGUCAGUUACCAGAAGAGACGCAGAGCAAAAUCAACGAAGGAGACAGUGGUCCUUUUGCCAAUUUUCCAAUCUACAAGACAGAGAUGCAGAAUGGCGCCGGAGACGCCAUCGGCCUCACCACGGAGCAGGUGAAUUUGUUGGCUGCGCAAGGUGAGUGGUCGGUGCUGGAAAACGCUCCCCUUUUCACUGAACUUUUGAGCUGA